AUGUCAAAGGAGAGUGAUUCUACAACGCCUUACUGGCAAUAUUUAGAUAGGAACACACACAACACCGCAAAAGCACUUCUUCAGUACAUAGCAAGGCCAUUCGAAGGGAAGAAAACUGUGGCAAAAGGAUUUGUCUACGUGUUACAAGAGCAGAAAAAAGGAUAUAUCAAGAUCGGUUCUUCUGGCGAUACAGGUUGGGCACGUCCCGAUGCUAUCAAAAACUGUCGAAUCACACCUAUCGAAAGUCUUCGUACACCCCGGUUUCAUGGAGCACUAAGAUGCGAGAAGAUUGUCCAGAAGAUUUUGGAACAUCGCGCUAAAGAUUUGCAUGAUUGUCGAUGUGGAAAGGUGGAAUUACACCUCGAAUGGUUUCACGUCGAAUUCAAGUUUGCACUUGUUAUUGUCGAGCUUGUUUAUACAUGGAUGCUUGAUCUCCCUUACGACACUUCGAACGAGGGCGCAGGUGAACUCAAAGAUACGUGGCAACGCGCACUAGAGUCCUUCCAGAAUGACUUGAAAGGCCAAUUCCCUAAGGACUUGAAAGACUUCUUCCGCAAGGACGACUGGCAGCGCCACCAUAAUCAUUGCGACUGGGAAGAGAAUAUGGUACGAGUGGAUUGCCCACGAGAUUUUGAUAUACCUACUCGCCCCAACUUUCUCGGGAUAGCUGAACUUUUGACCGAAGAUACAAACGACCUCACCGUGGCUCACUUGGAGAAGAACGACAGACGACCCAUGGCAGUGGGCACAACCCUCAACUCGCGGAAAAAUCCUACACCUUCUAAGAACGAUACAACGCAGUGCCUUUCAACGCCCCCCAGGCAACCAGCUCAUAGGUAUCCACUCAGAUCCAGGGACAGACCAAAGACUGCACCACCCGGAUCUGGAAAAGGAAAGUUUAGAGAAAUGGAAGAGACACUGCCUGCCAGUGCCCCUCUAGAAUCGAGGUUCUCCGACAAGCAUGAUUUUUUCGAUGAGACUCCUUCUAAGCCUGGCUCCAGGACCAAAUAUAAAGCUACAGGAAGUUCUCAUAUUCUAUACAGAGCAAAAGUCAAUGAGAGCGAGGAUGAAUCAGUGGACGAUGAUAACGAUGAGAAUGAGGACGAAGAUUAUACGGUUCCCGAGAGUAGCAGCGACGACGAUGGCGAUGGUUCCGAAAGUCCAUGCGAAGAGGAGACCGAAGAAGAAGACAAGGAGCACGAUGAUGACAAUGAUGACGACGAGGAUGAAGAUGAAAGUGAAGAAGAAGUCGGAAGUGGGAGCGAGGAGGCGGAAACCGAAGAGGAUGUCGAGACCGGCAUAGAUUUCAACUCCCAUCCAGGAUCGCGCUUCAAGGAAACGCUUGAUCUAUUGAAGCGAAAUAGAAAACUUCCAGUUCAGAAAAUGCACGUCAAAUUGGUCAAAGACAAGCCGAAGGUCAAGGAUUCCAAGCAAUACAUAACGAUUUCUUCGGAUUCGGAAGAGCAGACUGCAAGUGAUAGCGAUUCUACUCCACAGCAGGCAAAGGAUAGUCGAAUUGUUGGGCCCAGUGCACGGAUGGCGAACAAGAUUCCCCAGAGUCUUCCCAGAUUUAAUAUUGACGAGGUGGGAGACUCAGCAGCCAGUGCCAGGGGUGACCCCAAGAGCGAUGCAAGUCGUCUUAAGAAGCCACGAGCCAAGCAUGGCCGGGGACGCAGUCUGGUCGAAAGCGACAUUCGGUCUCUGGCAGGCAACGAGCUGGUUCGCAGACCACGCCGUGCGUCUGCUGCGACAAGCGCCACCGAAGUGAUUGGAACGUUUGCCCAGCUCGGCAAGGAGGCUUUAGUGGCUGGUGCCAAUAUAACUUUCAACGUCAAUAUCAACUACGGAACGACAUACAAACGGUAA